AUGGACGCGGACGCAGCGAUUUCCAACGACCACCGGCUCCCUCCUCCGCGGUCUGUAGCUCACAGAAUGAUGGACUUGUGGAACCGUUUGGUCACCUACAUGUUCCAAUACCAGGACGGCACGUGUCUGGCGGCUUUGCGCAUUGCCUUCGGUUUCUUGAUGUUAAUCGACACGGUCGACGAACGAGGGUUUUGCCAGGUGGACAGACGAUGGAUGGAACCGAACAUGUGCUACUUUCCGCUUUUCGACUUUGUCCGGCCACUGCCCGGCCGCUGGAUGUGCGUGGCCUACGCUUCAAUGUUCGCCGGCAUUCUGGGCGUUUUGACCGGAUUCCACUAUCGCACCAGUUGCGUCGCGUAUGCCGUUCCAUAUUGGUACAUACUGUUGGCUGACAAGAGCGCCUGGAAUAACCAUUCCUAUUUGUUCGGCCUGCUCACCCUCAUAUUCUCAGUCACCGACGCCCAUCAUAACUGGUCCACGGACAAGUGGCUGCAGAGGUUACCGGCGGGCGCGACCGGUGUGGUGCCACGUUGGAACUACUUGCUACUGAGGAUUCAGUUUUUUAUCAUGUACUUCGUGGCCGGUCUGAAAAAGCUGGAACCGGACUGGCUUUCGGGAUACUCGAUGAAGUCUCUGGGGUACCACAAGGUCUUCGCCCCUUUCAGGUACGUUCUGCCAGCCGAGUUCGUAGACUGGUGGAUAGUGCACGUCACCGGAUUCCUCAUCGACCUGUUGUCCGGGUUUGGCCUGUGCUUCCAGCGGUCCAGGCCGUUUACCGUGGUUGUGCUGCUCGCCUUUCACACUAUGAACUCCAUGAUGUUCGCCAUCGGCAUGUUCCCGUACGUUUGUGCCGCCAUGCUCCCGGUGUUCUACGACCCCAACUCGAUGGCCGAAAAACUGUCUGCUUUGGUUACCAGGAAAAAAUUCCAGCCCAUCAGCGUUCAAACGACCAAACCACCGUCGCCUGUCAAACGCAAUAUGAUAGCAGCGGCCGUUUGCGUUUAUGCCGCACUGCAGAUGUUCUUGCCGUACUCGCAUUUCAUAACACAAGGUUACAACGGAUGGCGGAACGGUCUGUACGGAUACUCAUGGGACAUGAUGGUGUACAAUGUGGACGUUGUCAAAAUCCAGGUUAAGGUGGUCGAUCACGGUCGCCGCGAACAGUUCUUCUUGGACCCGUACGCGUGGACGGUAAACAGCAAGUGGAUCCUACACGGUGACAUGAUCAAGCAGUUCGCCGGGUGCGCCACAUCCAACAUGCCAGACAGGACCAACGUGACGAUUUACAUGGAUAUUUGGGCAUCGCUCAACGGCCGGUUUUACCAACGAUUGGUCGAUCCACAAGUGGACUUGAUAAGCGCCCCUUGGUCGGUCUGGUCCCAAGUCGACUGGCUGAUGCCGGUUGUAAGGCACCUGGACCGAUGGCGUCCUUGGAUAGUCUUUGCCCAGGACCAGGCCGAGUAUGACCUCAUGUUUUUCGCAGACUUUCCGGGUCUGAAGGCUAACGUUUACUUUGACGGUGACACCAACGUCACACUGUCGGUAAUCGAAGGAGUAGUCAAUGUGACCGGCGUGAACGUCGUGGCGAGCCCUGCAGAGGUACAGUUGUUGUCCGGCGACGCAGUCAACGUGACCGGCGAACAUACGGUCACAGCGCUGGGCGCUACGCCUUCCUGUUACGUUUACAUAAAAAACAACGCUGGGCAGGUUGUGGAAGACCUGGAACCGGAAACGGCUGACCGGAAGUCCGCAAGACCGCAAUGUUCCAAAGCCUGUUACGGAUUUGCCUACGAGCUCAUCGCACAUACGGCUAAAGCUUGGUUUUUCGUCUAAGCUUGAAAUUCAUCAAUAAUAAUUAAUGUAACAAUCCGACAAGAGCGCGUGCGCAACACGUAUAUGUAUUUAUACAAUUAUUGUAUUAUUAGAGACAAAUUAAGCAACAAAAACAUGAA